GGCGUCGAGUGAGGGUGACCCGGGUCCGCGCACGGAGGAGCACGCCCCGAUGCUUGGUGAGGCAGACCUGAGGAUCCCCAUCAUGAAGCCCACAGAAGACGCCGACCCGCAGCUGGACAUGCUGACCGCCUUGCUGGAAAACGACAUGGACACUUUCAACCACUGGCUGGCGCAGCCGACGGUGGACGUCAACCACCUGUACCGGGCACCGUACAACGGCACGUGCCUGCAUAACGCCGUGAAGCGCGACCGGGCGGCGGCUGUAGACGCGCUCCUAAGACGCGGGGCGCGCCCGGACGCCCGCGACGGCUCCAAGUCGGUGCCGCUGCACUACGCCGUCAAGGGCGGCCACGCCGGCAUCGCGCGGGCGCUGCUCGAGCACGGCGCCGAUGUGAACGCGCAGGACGCCGAGGAGCGCAACUGCCUGCACCUACUGGCGCUGCAGUGGGCCGACGCGCCGGCGCGCUACGAGGCCGUGCUGAACGUGCUGCUGGCGGCACCCGGCGUCGGCGUCGACGACCGCGAUUGCAGCGGCGACGCGCGCGGCGAGGCGCUCGAGCGCGAGCACGGCAACUACACGUGUCUGCAGUUCGCCGCCGACAACGGGCUGGCGGAGGAGGCGCGGGAUCUGCUGGAGGCGGGCGCCAACCUGGCCACUGUCAGCGUCACCAACCGCUACAGCGCGCUCCACUACGCCUGCUUCCACGGGUACCAUGAGGUGCUGCAGCUGCUGCUGGAAUCGGUGCGGAAGGGCGGCCGUGAGGUGGACCUUUGCCAGCGCAACAACGCCGGUCAGACACCCUUGCACCUCGUGGCGAAGCGGACGCCCAAGGAACGCAAGCAUGACGAACGCGUCGACUUCCGCAAGUGCCUGGAGCUGCUGCUGGAUUCCGGACUGCCAGUGGGCAUCAACUUGCAGGACGACCGCGGCAACACGCCGCUCCACUUCGCCACGCUCAACGAGGACCAGGGCCUGGUGACGCCGCUGCUGCUGCGCGGCGCCAGCAUCGGCAUCAAGAACGUUUUCGGGACGAUGCCGAUGACGCGCAUCCAGGCUUCGGUGAUGGAGUCCGCGCUUGAUCAGUCGGUGCGCUCCAACGGAGAUGCGCCUGGCGACAACAGCUACCGUAUCUCCUUCCACUACGACUGCCUAAUCCCUCCUGAGAACGCCGACGGAGCGCUUCCGUUCUCCUCCGAGACUGAGCCGCUUUUCUUCAUGGGGGAAUCCCGCCGCCACCAGCGCCUCCUCCACCAUCCGAUCCUCAACAGCUUCCUGCUGCUCAAGUGGCACAAGAUCCAGCCUCUGUACGUGCUAAACGUGGUGCUGUUCGCCGUGUUCGUGGCCGUGCUCACCGCCUACGUGUACCUGGAAUUUGACGUAUCGUCGACCACUGGCGAGGUGCGUCCGUCGCCUGCCGUGCCGGCGGCCGGACUCAUCGCCAUGGAGUUCGUGCUCGGACUCAGCGCGCUGCUGCUGGCGCUGCGCGAGGCAUGUCAGCUCAGCCUGUCGUGGCGCGCGUACGUAAGACACCACGAGAACUGCAUCCAGCUGGCGCUGAUCGUGCUGCUAGCGGUCGUGCUGCUGGACGGUCACAUGUCACAGCUGACGCGCCUGCACGUGGCCGUUUGGGCCAUCAUCCUGGCCUGGCUGGAGUUUGUGCUGCUGCUCGGCCGCCAUCCCAAGCUCUCGACGUACAUCAUGAUGUUCAAGACGGUGUCGGAGAACUUCAUCAAAUUCAUCUUCCUCUACUCGUUCCUGAUCAUCGCCUUCUCCAUCUCGUUCAACCUGCUCUUUCGCACCGACGAGCACUUCAACACGUACUGGAAGGCGCUGCUGAAGACGGUCGUCAUGUCCACCGGUGAGAUGGAGUACACCUCGCUGGAGUUCUCGCGCUCCGCCUAUUCGGGCCACAUCGCCUUCUUCGGCUUCCUCUUUCUCAUCGCGCUGGUGCUGAUGAACCUGCUGAACGGGCUGGCCGUCUCUGACACGGCGGCCAUCCAAGCCGACGCCGAGCUGCACAGUCUGAUCUCGCGCGUCAGUCUGAUCCACUACAUCGAAUCGGUGUUCCUGGGCCGCGAGGCGUGCCACGGCUGCGGCAAGACACUCGGCCAGCGCCUGGGACCGGCUGAAGCUCUGGCUGGCGCACAAGACGCUGCUCUUCCCGCGCUGCCUCAAGGAUAAGCGGCUGUCAGUCGACCCGAACGCCGAUCGUUCGCGCUUCUUCGGCUGCCAGUGCCACAGCUUCAAGAUCGACGAGCGCAUCGUCGAGGCAGCUCAGCUGUUGCUCGCGCGCGGCGAGCACUUGCUCGGCGACCGCAUGGACGCGAUGGAGCGUAAGCUGGACAAGAUUAUGGAGAUGAUGCUGGAGACGAGCGGACGCGCCUAGGCGCGCGUGUUGCUGUCGCUGCUGAAGACGAGGGAGCGACCGAGAUGGGUUGUGGGCAAACGGGGAGAGGUGUAGCGGAAGCUGCCGCUGCUAUCUUAUGUCGCCACCUCUGCGAGGCUGUUGGUUCGCCUUGCUCGUGUUAGUGCGCUCCGCGGAGUCAGACAACCGGCUGUCGAUCUGGUUUAGUGCAGUGCCUUCGAUACUGUGAAGCCUUUUACGUGUAAAUGCUGAUGCUUUUGUAAUCUUCUGCUUCGUACAGCGCGAAAUGGUCGGAGGCUAGUAGGCAGAAUGUUUUAGCACGUCUGUCGUAGGAAGGAAGUAGACACCGGUAUUUAUUUGAACGAAUUUACGGUUGGUCAGGGAUAACCGAGCACUGAUACAUUCCUGAACGUUCCAGCUAAGCAUUGUUUUCGGGUGCUUGAUGCUUGUUAACGACAGACGCACCUUCAGCAGCAGUGGCGCUUAAAUAUACAUAUUUUAGUAUA